AUGACAACAACUGUGAACAACCUGAUGCGUAUGUUUAGCUCUAUACCCUUGUAUACCGAAGCCCCCGCCACGCUCCCUAGACAUAAAUGGAUCGAGAAAUUCCACCCUAUAGAAGCAGAGCACGUCACGGUCUGGCCCGCCACGAAUCGGACGAUUGAGAAGUUUCUCGGGCCAGGAAGUACACCCUCGGCGGCUGAUACUGUCGGGCUUGGCACCGCCGCCUAUAUGCUCAACACCCGCCAACAGAAAAUAUGCACGGAAGGGGACGUGAUGCGGGAUUUCGAUCAGAAUGUUCUUCCGCCAGUGGAUCUGGCCUUCUCGGGGAGUUCGGCCCUAUCCCGCCCAGCCUCCGGUGCUGAACCUAUACCUGCCGCGCCGAGACUCUGGUCCCGAUCAUUGAUGGCGGCACGAGGAUCGACGUCCGCAGCCAAGAUAGUGGACUACCAAAUGACCAUGUCCCAUCCAGAACGGUCGCUGGAAUCGGCUGCUAUGAUCGGGCAGAUGAAAUACCCCCGCACUAUCAGCAGACGAGAAUGGGAGUUCAAACAAUCCCCCAGUGAAUUGAGCAUUCAUCUGGGCCGAGAGCUUAGAGCGUAUGGUCUCAUCUCCCUCAUCUCUCUUCUCCCUGAUCUCUUUUCAAACCUGAGGCUCUAUACCCAACUAACCAAGUUAAAAAAAAACAGAUAUGCCUGCGAAUACCAGUGCCCCCAGGUCUUUGCCUUUGACGUCAAGACUCUGCUGAUCGUGCAAUUCCGCGCGACAAGCCCCGCGGCUAUUUCACGACGUGACUGCCCCGUCGAUUGCUGCGUAGUAUCUCGAGAAAUGAACGCCUUUGACACCGAUCAGUGCACAAUGCAGUACGCGCUGUAUCGACUGGCCUGGCGCGGAUGGCUCCGCCUCUCCGCAACGCUGGAAUUCACGGAAGAAGACAGGCUGACGGAGUCGACGGUAACCUCAGUUCUGGCUGUACCGGCUCCAAAGCCCUUGGUCAUGGACGGAUUCACUCGUCAGUAUGAGUACUGGUCUGGCUGCCCGAUCUGGGUUGAUCACCGCGGCUAUCCAUCGCGCCGUCAUCCUAGUGGCCACCGGCGACAUUUUAUCUACAGACAACAUGUGCAUCGCGAUGGUACAACGGAAAUCCAAGGGGUCUGGACAUGGGGGCGUGGUGUUGAUGAUACGGGGAAUUGUUUCAUUUCUGGUUAG